UGCGCAGUCUCCCUGGCAGCAGCUGAGGCCGUUUUGUCGAAGAUGGCGGAUUCGCUGUCGACAGGUCUGGUAGAGGAGAAGGAAAAUGAGAAGGAGGACAAGGAGAGAGCCACCAAGGCCGUUAACGUGGACCUGAAUAAAAAGAAAGACGGAGUUGCUGACACGCGGGGGUUUCAUGAUAAAAAUGGCGGCGCUAGAGGCCAAAAAGGCAACCUGUCAGAUCUGUCUCUGGUCAGAUUCAUAACCACUGAGCUAACCAGAGGCUACUUUCUGGAACACAAUGAGGCCAAAUAUACGGAGCGCAGAGAGAGGGUCUACACCUGCCUCCGCAUCCCCAAGGAGCUGGAGAAGCUGAUGACUUUCGGCUUCUUCCUCUGUCUGGAUACGUUUCUGUACGUGUUCACCCUCCUGCCGCUCCGAGUGAUUCUGGCCCUUUUGCGACUCCUGACUGUGCCAUGCUGCGGCCUCGGCGGCUCCCGUUUGCUGCAGCCUGCCCAGGUGUGCGACGUCCUGAAGGGCUUCAUCAUGGUGCUGUGCUACUCAAUGAUGAGCUACGUGGAUUACUCCAUGAUGUACCAUCUGAUCCGGGGACAGUCCGUCAUCAAACUCUACAUCAUCUACAACAUGUUGGAGGUUGCCGAUCGCCUCUUCUCGUCGUUUGGCCAAGACAUCCUGGAUGCUCUGUACUGGACCGCCACCGAGCCCAAGGAGAAGAAGAGAGCACACAUAGGAGUGAUUCCUCACUUCCUCAUGGCUGUGCUCUACGUCUUCCUUCAUGCCAUUCUCAUCAUGGUUCAGGCUACUACACUGAAUGUAGCCUUCAACUCCCAUAACAAGUCUCUGCUCACCAUAAUGAUGUCAAACAACUUUGUGGAAAUCAAAGGAAGCGUGUUUAAGAAGUUUGAAAAGAACAACCUGUUCCAGAUGUCCAACAGCGACAUAAAGGAGAGGUUCACCAACUACAUCCUCCUGCUCAUUGUCUGUCUGAGAAACAUGGAGCAGUUUUCAUGGAAUCCCGACCACUUCUGGGUCUUGUUCCCAGACGUAGUCAUGGUGAUCACAUCAGAGGUGGCAGUGGACGUUGUCAAGCACGCCUUCAUCACCAAGUUCAAUGACAUCAGUGCUGACGUGUACGGAGAAUACAGAGCCAGCCUUGCCUUCGACCUCGUCAGCAGCCGACAGAAAAAUGCUUACACCGACUACAGCGACUCCGUAUCCAGAAGAAUGGGCUUCAUUCCACUUCCUUUGGCUCUGCUGCUGAUCAGAGUGGUGACGAGCUCAGUGAAGAUCCAAGGUUCGCUCUCCUUCAUGUGUGUGCUGCUGUUUUACUUGGGGAUGAUCACGCUCAAGGUGCUCAACAGCAUCGUUCUCCUUGGAACAUCCUGCAUGUUUGUCAAAGAGGCCAAGAUGGAGGAGAAGCUGUUCGACCCGCCUCCGUCUGUCGCCUCCAGCCGUGCUAACUCCAGAGCCAACCGCAGCAAAAACACUUACACCGCAGCGCCGCAAGAGCCCACAUCAGACAGAGCAGGAGUAUCACUGACACCGGGCGUUUCUCCACCUACAGAGAAACCAGAGGGCACCUCCUCCACCAUCCCAAAGAGCGACUCGGACACGUUCCUGACGACGCCAGAUGAGGACGACGAGGACAAAAUUCUAAACAAUGACAUGGGACUGGAAGGAGACGGACUCAAACACAGAACGCCCAAGAAAGACUUGCUGGAGAUAGACCGAUUCACCAUCUGUGGGAACCGGAUAGACUGACCGCCGAAGGGAACCCCAGCCCGUGUCCAGGGAUCUGACGAGGGUCACGGAGCGUGCUCAGACCCGACUCGCACUUAUGCACCUGACUCUCGGAUUAUUUAUUUAUUUAUUACUGGCAAAAACCAGCCCAGGCAUCAAGCUGUUACAUCAGACGUUUCCAGAUGGGUGCUGCAAGAACACCAGGAAACAACCAAACAGAAUAAAACCACUGAAAGGAAAUCCAGUCUGGAUUGUUGGAGCAUUGCAGCUGGACUGUGAGGUUGUGUGCGUUUCAAAAGCACAAUUAUUCCUAGAACAAAGAGUGUUUUUUUUUUUUUUU